AUGACAAGGGGGAGACAACCCCUCGAUUGGAAAUCUCCUGAAGUCCGACCGAACUGCUGUCCGAUUUGCCGAGCUCCAGGGGUUCCGGUAGAAGGCGUGAGCAAAAAUAGAGCGAGAAAAAAAACAGGGGCAAGCAAGCUUGGCUUGCUCGGGUGUGCAAAGCGCCCACCAACCGUGCAACCGUGCUCAACGUGGUAG